AUGGCUUCUAUGCUUGGAAUUCUUACUGAGUGGCCAUGGAAAUCUCUUGGAAGCUUUAAGUACCUCAUCAUGGCUCCUUGGGUCAUUCACAGCACAUUAUUGUUCAUGGUGAAUGAUGGAAAAGAUAAAGAUAUAACUUACUUCUUUAUAUUUCCGCUUAUGAUUUGGAGGAUGAUCCACAACCAGAUAUGGAUCACUCUUUCUAGACAUCGAAUAGCAAAUGGCAAUGGUCGAAUUCUUGACAAGGGUCUUGAAUUCGAUCAGGUUGACAGAGAAAGAAAUUGGGAUAACCAAAUAUUAUUCAAUGGAACCCUAUUGUACCUCGCCAACCGAUUUUUCCCUGGGGCUCAAAAGAUACCACCUUGGAGGACAGACGGGGUUGUUUCAGCAGUUCUACUUCAUGCUGGUCAGGUGGAGUACCUCUACUAUUGGUUUCACAGAGUACUUCACCAUCAUUACCUCUACUCUCGCUACCAUUCUGAUCACCAUUCCUCAAUCGUUACCGAGCCUAUUACUUCUGUGAUAAUUCACCCAUUUGCGGAGCACAUGGUAUAUUCCUUGGUCUUCUCAAUACCAAUGCUGGCAACUGUCUUCAUGGGAACAGUGUCUACCGUUUCCUUUGCUGGCUAUAUUACUUAUAUUGACUUCAUGAAUAACAUGGGACAUUGUAAAUUGGAAACGAUGCGAGUUGCUUCCAAACUUUUCUCAAGUAUUGGCCGCUUUAGGGCUGAGUUGCAUGCAGUAGGAAACGGUUUUCAACUUCCGGUGUUGGGUUGUUCCUAUGUAGAAUCUCUUGAGGUGACGUGGACAAGACCUGUUUCCGAUGCCUGGUGGUUAGAGGAACUUUUCUAUAGGUUGGGCUGGGUCAAGAAAAAUGUGCUUACGUCUUCUUCGUGUUCCUAUCUUGACUCAUCUACUAGAGGAUCGUCCUGGACACCAUUUUCUUGCCCUGCCUGCUUUGAUUGUUAUUUAGUUAUUGGGUCGUCCUUCUGCACCUCAAUGGCUUCUACUGGGAUAAAUGACUUCUUAUUUGACGUCUUCAGAAGUUGCACAGUGCAUCGUAGGAUGCAACUUGGUCUAACUUGA